AGAACAACAUAACGUGCUUUUGUUUAGUUCUCAUUCUAGCGAUGAACUGAAAACCAUCAGAAUUAACGGUCACACUUCCACCGCUUUCUCAUCGGUUACUGUCAAAGAAGAACAGAUUUGUAACCAAAAUAAUGAACGUUUAUCAUCACAUAUACAUUGAUAGCAUCUUAUGUUCUCUGUUUGAAAUCUUGAAAUUAAUCUUAAUUACAAGGCCAUAGAAAGGAAGAUCAAGUCUUAGAUUGAAAUUACUGGAAAGUUUCUCUAGCAAACAAGUACAACAUGGACCCCCUUUCUACCACCUCAAACCAAACCACAGAGGGAUUUCUGACUCUCCAGUACCAUCUUUUCACACCAGUGUACACCCUGGUAUUGGUUUUCGGGUUACUUGGAAAUCUGGGAGCUUUGUAUUACUUCAUAUGUAAAAUAAAACAGAAGUCUCCCUCCAACGUGUACAUCAUUAACCUGGCUGUGGCCGACACACUCUUUCUGUGCACCUUGCCGUUUCGUAUCCACUACCAUGUCAACGACAGCAUAUGGGUGUUUAAAGACGCCAUGUGCCGCAUCACGGGCACAAUUCACUUCGCCAACAUCUACAUCAGCUUCACCUUCAUGACCUGCAUCUGUGUGGACCGCUACAUCGCCACUGUGCACCCUCAUACCUACCUGCAGCUUCGUAACAAAGCAAUCUCCACAAAGGUGAGUGUUGCCGUUUGGUUGAUUUCCGGCGCGUUCAUGUUGGCAGUCAUGCUGGAGUGCCCGGGGGUCACUGAAAAUAUGAGGUGCUUUGAGAACUUUACUUCAGAACAGUGGGAGCACUUGGCACCCUACAGCUCAGUAAGUCUCAUUUUUGGAUCUCUCCUUCCCUCUGUGGUCAUACUGGUGUGUUACCCCAUCGUGGCACGCAGAAUCGCCCGGAUUAACAACUACACCGCCCGUGGGGCACGGAGGAUCAUCUAUGCAAUCCUGGCCAUCACGGUUCUCUGUUUCCUCCCUUAUCAUAUUGUUCAUUUAGUGUAUCUAAUGUCACGCACGGUAUUACACACCAAGAUGUUCUGGACCGCCCGGAGGGUCACCAUGGCUCUGAUCAGUCUCAAUAGCCUCCUGGACCCGCUGUUGUAUUAUUUUGCAACUGGACACAACAGGUGGAGACUCAAAAGACUGGGUUUUAAGAAUAAAAGGGGAGUGUAUUCAAUUUCUAAUAAUCUUUGAAGUGGUCGAUGACCGAAAGCAGCUGCAAAUCUUGGCAAUUUUAUCUUUGUUCUCUUGAAAAAUAAAAACAUGUUUAAAACAGCAUUCUUAAUAUAAGGUUUUCUUUAAAAAUUAUGAUGGAGCAACCGUCAAGUCGGUAAGGUAUGGAAUAACAAACAAUAUUUGCAAUAGACAAAAAUAGAAAAUUAUUAAAUUAUUGUUAUCAGAUUUUUAGGUGGUGACUGAAAGCACUGUUUGUUCUGUAAAACAUGAAAAACAAGAUUUGCAAAAACAAAUGAAAAAGUCAAUGAACUAUUGAUAUAAAAUAACAUAUCAGAAAGAGAAUGUGUGUAGUAUGUAUGCAAAAUUACAUUCUUGUCUGCAAUUGUAAAAGCAGGCUAUACAGAAUUAUAACUGUAAGUUGCUUCAGAUAAGAUAAAAGCAUCUGCCAAAUGAAUAUAUGUAAUUGCUAUUACAAAGCACAAAUGAUACAU